AUGAAGGGCCCUAGAGAUGGCAAAUCCCCGCUUGUGUCGCCUCCUCAAGCGUCAUUGUGUUUCCUUUCACGCUCAUCGUCUCUGCGCCGCUCUUGUAUUCCCACAAUGCAACAGUUUGUCAAACUGAAGCCUGUCAUGGUCCGUUCUGACAUUCGAGGCUUUACCCCGUUCAGGUUCUCUGUUGAACCCGUCGACACGCUGGCCGUUCGCGGGCUCCCCGCUGUCCUGAACUGCUCGGCCGCUAGCGACGCUCCGGUGAGGGUGGAAUGGAAGAAGGAUGGAACGUUCCUGAACCUGGUAGCGGACGACCGGAAGCAGCAGCUAGCCGACGGCUCUUUGCUCAUCAGUGCGGUGGUCCACUCCAAACACAAUAAGCCUGAUGAGGGGGUGUACCAGUGCGUGGCCACCAUCGACAACCUGGGCACCAUCAGCAGCCGAACCGCACGCCUCACAGUGGCAGGACUUCCACGCUUCCUCAGUCAGCCGGAGGGUGUGUCUGUGCGCUCGGGCGGCACUGAGAUGCUGAGCUGUGAGGUGACGGAGGAGCUGGUCCCGUUCACCCACUGGGAGAGGGACGGUCGGCCCGUGGAGCUCGAUGGCAGGGUCAUACAGCUGCCCAGCGGAGCUCUGGUCAUCAGCAACGGCUCCCAGAGCGACGCCGGUCUCUACCGCUGCACCAUAGAUGCUCUGGGACCGGCCAAAACCACAGACGAGGCAGAACUACAGGUGUCUGCAGAUUCGGGUGUUGAAGAAAAAUUGGAGACUCUCCAGGGCCCCGUUGCUGUGGCGAAGUUUUUCGGGGAGAGCGUGUUGUUGCCAUGCGUCAUGAAGGGAUACCCCCUGCCAGUGAUUCGCUGGACGUUUAACGACCGGCCGAUUGACGAGAGCCGUGAGCGUUUUGCUGUGAUUGGCGGGGGAAGCCUGCAGAUCGUCAACCUGACCGAAGAGGAUGCUGGGAUAUACGUCUGCCAGGCGAACAGCGGCAACAUGACCAGCGAGAUCCAGGCAGAGCUCACGGUGCACGUUCCUCCUCGGUUCUUAAUGAGACCCUCCAACACUUACGCCCAGGAGUCCAUGGACAUCAUCUUUGAGUGUGACGUCACCGGCUCACUGCCGCUCACCGUCAAAUGGAUGAAGGAUGGAGACACGGUCAUUCCCAGUGAUUAUUUCAGGAUG